CAUGAAACUCCGCUUCUCUUCUUUUGAUUUGUUGGUCGCUCUUUCGGAGAUAAGACAUAUUCUACUCAACCAUCGCGUCAUCAAUAUAUAUGAUAUAAAUACAAAGACAUAUCUGAUUAAAUUUUCUGGUCCCUCUAAUGACAAACAUAUACUUUUGCUACAAGCUGGCUCCAGAAUUCAUAUAACUGACUUUGAAUGGCCAAAAAACUUAAUUCCAUCUGGAUUUACAGCGAAAUCUUUAAGAGCUAAACUUAGAAAACACAUUAAAAACAAACGGCUCACUGAAAUAGUGCAGCUUGGUUUUGACAGAGUUGUAGACCUUCAAUUUGGUUCUGGCGAGGUCGCCUUCCAUCUGAUAUUUGAGUUUUAUGAUAAGGUAUAA